UUCCGGGCCCGGCGCAGGUGCAGGCGCAGGCGCCAACUGUCAUGUUGCGCGUUCUGAACCGCCUGGCCGCGGGGACCGGGGCCCGGCCCCCAACCCUGCUACUCCUGCCGGUGCGCGGCCGCAAGACCCGCCACGACCCGCCUGCCAAGUCCAAGGUCGGACGCGUGAAAGUGCCUCCCGCAGUGGACCCUGCGGAAUUCUUCGUGUUGACCGAGCGCUACCGACAGUACCGGGAGACCGUGCGUGCUCUCAGGCUAGAGUUCGCGUUGGAGGUGCGAAGGAAAAUGCACGAGGCCCGAUCCGGAGUUCUGGCUGAACGCAAGGCGCAGGAGGCCAUCACCGAGCACCGGGAGCUGAUGGCCUGGAACCGGGAGGAGAACCAGCGGCUGCAGGAGCUCCGGAUAGCUAGGUUGCAACUGGAAGCACAGGCCCAGGAGCUGCGGCAGGCUGAGGCCCAGGCCCAGAGAGCCCAGGAGGAGCAGGCUUGGGUGCAACUGAAAGAGCAAGAAGUGCUCAAAUUGCAGGAGGAGGCAAAAAACUUCAUCACUCCGGAGAACCUGGAGGCACGGAUAGAAGAAGCAUUGGACUCUCUGAAGAGUUAUAACUGGGCCAUCAACAAAGAAGGACAGGUGGUCAGGAAGUGAGCACAGACGCUUCUAGGGACCCAAAUAAGGACAGUGCUUGCCUGGGGACUGUGUGUUGGGGUAGGAAUUGGUGCAUCCCAGGAGGACGGCUCAGUCUUUUCUGGAGCACACCCCCCCCCCCCAUUCAUUCUAGCCUCAGCACUCACCACCUGACUGGAAACUCUCAGACAUAGUACCCUGUUCUCACACCCCAUACAGAGGUUUCAGGACAGCAUUAAAUUCUGGAAAGUUCCUUUCGCACAGAGAUUUGGACCAGACGGUGUCCCCUCUAGAAGCCAAGCUGUCUUCUAAGUCUCUGGAGUAGUGUGAGCCAAAUGUUUCCUGCUUUUAUAAAGGUGCCCAAUCCUGCCCAGUCACUGGCUAUAGCUGUAGAGCUAAUGAGAGAGGAAAUAGUUACAGACUAGCCAAUACCUGAGCUAUGAGUUAGUUAUCUGCUUUGCUCAACCCUGAGCUUUGCUGGCUAGGGUCUGGUGUGUCCAAGAUCCAGAAAGCAAAAAGGGUACCCUGUUUCUCCUGGUGGCUCUCCAGCAGUGAUUUCUGUAGCCAGACCCUGUCCUGCUGUAGCGUUAUGGGACUACCCAGCAGGUGGUAGACUCCCAAGCUAAAGCUGCCUCUUCCAGGCAGUUGCUGCUCUUGGGUGUUUGUAACCGGUGGCCAAAGGGCAGCAUAGUGUCAUUCUUCAGGACUCUCACCUUGGUCUGGUUUGUUUGUUUGCAGCCGAGUGAAGGCAAGCUGCUGUAGCUGAUUGAAAGGCUACAGAGGGUACACUUGCCUACUCAGUGAGUGUUGGGUAUUUUAAUCUGUUUCAUCUAGGUGUGAUUGCCUAAGAUCAUUGCUCAGUUUCUCCAGGGUAUGGAUAUCCAGUGUGCCCUGCAAUCUCAAGUUCCUGUAUGAAUUUGCAAAAAACAGUUAUAACCAACUCUGUGAGAAAGCCUAGUAAAUGCCAAAGAGUCUGGCAAGAAUCAAAUUUGGAAUUGUUUUUCUCUUGCCAAAUAGGAAGUCAAAGCAGAAUUCCAACCCCAAGCCUGGCCCGUCUCCUGAUGAUGCUGGCCAUUUCCUCUCUGUGUGCUUUAACAAGUAUGUUGAACACAUGAUCCCAGUUCAGUCCUUGGCACUCAGCCAGUCUGCUCACAGUCCCAGGGGAUACAGUGUCUCUGGCCUCCAUGGCACAUGCACUUACCCACAUAAACAUAACUAAAAGAAAUAAAAAUACAGAUUUUAAACCUUG